AAAGUACCUUAAUUCGAAUCGAUCGAUGAAGACUGCGUUUCUUUUCUCAGUUCAUUUCAGUCUGCUAGUUUUUGUGCAUUGUUAUGGUGGAAAUGGAUACGAUCCUCUCGAGACCGCUCUAAACAUACAACGUUCAAAAAGAUCACAAUCCGCAUAUCAUGUCAGUAACCAAGAUAGCAGAGCCGAUCAGAACUCAUACUCACCGGUCUACGUGGGUUCUCAAGAUGGUUUGAAGGAUUUCGAUAAGAUAUCAGCGUUGCCGGGUGAACCAGCCGGAACUGACUUUGAUCAGUACUCAGGGUAUGUGACCGUUGAACCGAACCAUGGACGAGCACUCUUCUACUAUUUUACAGAGUCCCCGAGCAACUCUUCAACUAAUCCUCUUGUACUAUGGCUCAAUGGAGGGCCGGGAUGUUCUUCAUUCGGAAAUGGAGCAAUGAUGGAACUUGGACCAUUUCGAGUCAAUGCUGAUACACUAACCCUGUCACGGAAUAAAUAUGCAUGGAAUAAUGUUGCGAACGUGCUUUUCUUGGAAUCUCCGGCUGGAGUUGGAUUUUCAUACUCGAACACAUCUUCGGAUUACAUAACUGGAGACAUACAAACAGCAAAAGAUUCGUAUACGUUUCUAGUCAAUUGGUUAGAAAGGUUCCCCGAAUACAAAACUAGAGAUUUCUAUAUCACGGGAGAAAGCUACGCAGGGCAUUACGUGCCUGAACUCGCACAGUUAAUUCUUCAAAACAACAAGAUCACCAACCAAACCGUCAUUAACCUGAAAGGGAUCGCGCUCGGAAAUGCAUAUGUGGACGAUGAAACAGAAAACACAGGAAUGUUCGACUAUUUCUGGACACAUGCGAUCAUUUCCGAUGAAAUACACGAAGGAAUCGUCUCCAACUGCAAUUUUUCUGAGGCUGCACCCUCAACCGCAGUAUGCCAUAAUUACGUACAGCAGGCAUAUGCUGCCAAAAGCAACAUCUACUUCUACGACAUCUAUGCUCCUUUAUGUUCAUCAUCGAGCAAUAGCACUCCUUCGAUAUCAGGAUUUGAUCCAUGCACCGAAUAUUACAUCCUAGCGUACUUGAACACUCCUGCUGUACAACAAUCGCUUCAUGCAAGACCAGUUCAAUGGGAAUCUUGCAAUGAUUUCAUCCUCGAACACUGGCAGGAUAUGCCGUUUACAGUCUUGCCUGUGAUUCAGGAUAUAAUGGCGAGUGGAAUCAGCAUUUGGAUCUACAGUGGAGAUACAGAUGGGAGGGUACCAGUGACAACAAGUAGGUAUUCAAUAGACAAACUACAAACAUCAGUGAAGACACCAUGGUAUCCAUGGAUGAACAAAGGCGAGGUUGGUGGAUAUGUUGUGGGAUACGAAAACCUAACCUUCGUGACCAUAAGAGGAGCUGGACAUUUCGUCCCAAGCUACCAACCGGCUCGUGGAUUGGCAUUCUUCUCUUCGUUCUUGGAAGGAAAGCUGCCUUGA